AUGUCCACAAACUAUGUCCACAAACUAUGUCCACAAACAAUGUCCACAAAAUAUGUCCACAAAAUAUGUCCACAAACAAUGUCCACAAAAUAUGUCCACAAACUAUGUCCACAAACUAUGUCCACAAACAAUGUCCACAAACUAUGUCCACAAACAAUGUCCACAUAUAUAGAUAGAGUUGAGAUCGUCAAAGUCAAAAGAACUGAAGCAAAAGUGACACGUUUUCGUCUUUUGUUCAUCAGGUCUAAGACAGGGUCUAAAAAGACCCACACCCGCCUGUUAAAACAGUCGGGAGGCAAUAGACAUUUGUGGCAAAUGACAAUGACAACACUUUCCAAUUCCAGCGGAAAUUGUUCUAACAUCGAAUGGGAGAUUCCUCUAAUAACCUAG